GCUGUAGAUAUAUUGACAGGGGACGGCGGGGACAAAAAACACUGUUGGCAGUGCAGAAAGGACGAGAGAAGGCUGCUGGAGCCGUCCAGGAGAUUUUAUUGUUUUGCAUUUUAACUAACAAGGCUUUUCGGCAAAUAUAUAUCUUUCCAACUUCAGCUACAGUGAUAGCUAAGUUUGGAAAGGAGAAAGGGGAGCUUUGGAGUGCGUUUAUCGAAAAUUCAAUGAACCGAGUAUCGCCUGCAUCGAAAGCCUGUACAAAGGGAAAUAAAUAUUGAUUCAAUUAUUUUGAGAAAAAAAAAUACAAAUGGAUAACGCGGGACCUAAGAAACGUUAUUGUGAAUCUGUCCAAUCUUUCUUCACAUCGCCAAAGUUCCUUAUUUACCUUGGACAUGCCCUCUCCACAUGGGGAGAUCGUAUGUGGAAUUUCGCUGUAGCUGUAUUUCUGGUGGGGCUGUAUGGCAAUAGCCUCCUGCUCACAGCUGUGUACGGACUGGUGGUGGCAGGGUCAGUCCUGCUGCUCGGAGCCAUUAUCGGUGACUGGGUGGAUAAAAACCCCAGACUCAAAGUGGCCCAGACUUCACUGGUUGUCCAGAACUGUGCCGUCAUACUGUGUGGGAUCCUCUUGAUGGUGGUUUUCCAGUUCAAAGAACAGCUCUCAGAGUUAUAUAAUGGAUGGGUUCUGACAUGCUGCUAUAUCUUGGUCAUCUCCAUAGCCAACAUUGCUAACUUGGCCAGUACUGCCAUGUCCAUUACCAUCCAGAGAGACUGGGUGGUGGUUGUGGCUGGACAGGACAGCAGCAAGCUGGCAGACAUGAAUGCCACUGUACGGAUCAUCGACCAGCUAACAAACAUCCUGGCGCCUAUGUUGGUGGGCCAGAUCAUGGCUUUCUGCUCCAACUUUAUUGGCUGCGGCUUCAUCGCCGGCUGGAACCUGUGCUCUAUGUGCUUGGAGUACUGUCUGCUGUGGAAAGUCUACCAGAAAACUCCAGCACUGGCCAUGAAGGCUGUCAAGAAAGAAGACUACCAGGAACUGAAACGACUGAACUCCCCAAAAGAGCUAGAGAACGGCCAGGGCCCAGUGGAGGGCUCCCAGCUCAUGAACGAGACUGCUGUCGUCAAGGCCGACUCUCCCAGGAAGACUGGCUGCUGCUACCAGAUGGCGGAGCCCCUGCGCACCAUCCGCGAUGGCUGGGUGGCCUACUACAACCAGUCCAUCUUCUUCGCUGGCAUGUCCCUGGCUUUCCUCUACAUGACAGUGCUGGGCUUUGACUGCAUUACCACAGGCUAUGCCUACAUGCAGGGCCUCAACGGCUCUGUGCUCAGCCUGCUGAUGGGCGCCUCAGCCGUGUCGGGCAUCUGUGGCACGGUGGCCUUUACCUGGGUUCGCAAGAGCUGUGGCCUGAUCCGCACAGGCUUCAUCUCGGGUGUGGUGCAGCUCUCCUGCCUAAUGCUGUGCGUGGCGUCCGUCUUCGCACCGGGCAGCCCCUUUGACCUCAGUGUCUCGCCUUUCCAGGACAUCUAUAGCCACCUGACUGGGAAGAGCAGCGCCCUCCCGGAGGCCGCCUACCCGACUAGCGUGCUAACCAUCGAUGGUCAGGGUCUGCUGGUUAAUAGUUCGACCGUGCCGCCCACCGAGGAACUGCCGCCUCUGCAGUCCUACAUGUCAGUCAGCCUGCUGUUUUCUGGGGUCAUUGCUGCUAGAAUUGGUCUAUGGUCUUUUGACUUAACCGUGACCCAGCUCAUCCAAGAGAAUGUGAUCGAGUCGGAGAGGGGACUGAUCAACGGCGUCCAGAACUCCAUGAACUACCUCCUAGACCUUCUGCAUUUCAUCAUGGUGAUUCUGGCGCCCAACCCAGAGGCCUUCGGCCUGCUCGUCAUCCUCUCCGUCUCAUUCGUGGCUAUGGGCCACAUAAUGUACUUCAGGUUUGCCUUUAAGAGCCUCGGGCGGCGCCUCUUCCUCUGCUGCUCUCCAGAGCAGCAGACUCAGGCCCUCCCCGGCUCUCCCUCCUUGCUUCCCACCACGGUGUAACCCAUUAAAGAGACUCUUUCCCUGCUUACAGCUCUGCCUGCAGUACAAAUACCCCCUUCUCCUCCAGCCCCCUAGUCAUCAACCUAAACAUGCUUGUAGCCCCGGCAGAACUAAUGUAUUUACUUUUGCGCCUUACCCUAGCAGGUGCUGUCCUUUGUCAUUGUAGAUAGCAUUUACCGUUCGCUGAGGGAGGGUAGUGCGGCCGCAGACAGAGAAGGAGUCUCUCUCAGACAAACAACCCAGAUCAUGAGGUCAUAAGCGUCACAAAAAUACCACUUCCCUACUUCCAAUAUUUAAAAUGUCGCAGUCUUGUCAUGCAUUCAGCUUAAAAGCUAAAUUCAAAUGUGGAAAAUUGCAGGUAUUGCCACUUGCAGUUACUACGGUUACAGCUGGGUACUGCUCAAGUAUGUGCUAGUGCUGUUUGCAUCUCAUUACAGCUCUGCAUCAGCCGUGGGAUUCCCAUUCCCACUUUGAAGCCAUUUGUUUGUCAGUAGUUUAUUGGUGCUAUAAAUCAUUUGUGUUAGCAUUUGUUAUUUCAGCUUUAGUAAUUAAUGCUUUAGAUGAUCAGUUCUUGCUCAUUUCUCUUUAAUACAUGGUUAUAAGGGUUAUGCAAAUGUAUUUAUUCAAGGAGCGCAAAUACUUAUGUUUAUCUAUACAGUGUACAAAAUAUUAGGAACACCUGCUCUUUCUAUGACGGACUGACCAGGUGAACGUUACAAUCCUUAUUGGAGAUACCUAAAUCCACUUCAAAGACAGGUUAAAGAAGGAUUUUAAGCCAUGAGAUAGACAUGGAUUGUGUGUGUGCCAUGGAGGGUGAAUAGGCAAGACAAAAUAUUGAAGUUCCUUUGAACGGGGUAUUGUAGUAGAUGCCAGGUGCACCGGUUUGAGUGUGUCAAGAACUGCAACGCUGCUGGGUUUUUCACGCUCAACAAUUUCCCGUGUGUAUCAAGAAUAGUCCACCACCCAAAGGACAGCCAGCCACAGACAACUGUGGGAAGCACUGGAGGAGCAGCAUCCCUGUGGAACGCUUGACACAUUGUAGAGUCCAUGCACCAACUGAUUGAGGCUGUUCUGAGGGCAAAAGGGGGUGCAACUCAAUAUUAGGCAGGUAUUCCUAAUGUUUUGUACACUCAGGUGUAUAUUCUCAAUGUGUCACCACUAUUGUCUUUCUCACCCAACGUUGGUGCUAAUGUACUAGCUAUAGCAAACAGCUGGAAAACUGUGCAAAAAACAUUUAAAAAAAACAUUAACACACUCAAUGACCAAAGUGGACCUUCUUAUAUAGCUUAAAGGAAGUGAGGGGAAAACCGGUUUGUUACAUUUUGUUUGAGCAUUCCAAAUAUUUUUUGAUGUGAAGUGACAGUGAAACUUGUAUAAGCUCAUUAACGCUAUUGUAGACACUUGUGUACACUUAAGAUCUCGACCCCCUCCCCGCAAUUCUCUUAACUAUAGUAUAACAAUUAUUUGUCAUAAUUGAUUUCUACACAGGUAUUCACACGCCUUGUAUUUUUCCACAUUGUGUGUUACAGCCUGAUUUCAAAUUGAGAUUGUGUUUCUAGCCUACACACAAUACCCCAUAUUGUCAGUGGAAUUGUUUCACAUUUUCAAAUUAAAAAUGAAAAGCUGAAAUGUCGAGUCAAUAAGAAUUCAACCCCUUUGUUAUGGCAAGCCUAAAUAAGUUCAGGAGUAAAAAUGUGCUUAACAAGUCGCAUGGACUCACUGUGUACAAUGAGUUUAACAUUAUUUUUUAAAUGACUAACUCACCUCUGUACCACACACAUCCAAAUAAUUUUAAGGUCCCUCAGUCGAGCAGUGAAUAUCAAACAGAUUCAACCACAAAGACCAGCAAGGUUUUCCAAUGCCUCACAAAGAAGGGCACCUAUUGGUAGAUGGGCAAAAAUGUUUUUAAAAAAAGCGAUGUUGAAUAUCCCUUUGAGCAUGGUGAAGUUAUUAAUUACACUUUUGAUGGUGUAUCAAUACACGCAGUCACUACAAAGAUACAGGCAUCCUUCCUAACUCAGUUGCCGGAGUGGAAGGAAACCGCUCUGAGUUUUCAGCAUGAGGCCAAUGGUGACGUUAAAACCACUAGUUUAAAGGCUGUGAAAGGAUAAAACUGAGGAUGGAUCAACAGCAAUACGAACAAAAUUGACAAAGUGAAAAGGAAGCCUGUACUGAAUAAAACAUAGUUGUGUUGUUUGUGGUAAAUCCAAUACAUUAAAGUACCAAUCUCCAUAUUUUCAAGCAUAGUAGUGGCUGCAUCAUGUUAUGGCAUAUUUAACAUAUCUAUCUAAUAUCUAUCUAAUUGAAAAUCAAAUAGCAAGACCUGAAAAUGGUUGUCUUGCAAUGAUCAACAACCAAUUUGUAAAAGCUUGAAGAAUUUUGAAAAUAAUAAAAAAAAUGGGCAAAUGUUGCACAAUCCAGACGUGGAAAGCUUUUAGACUUACCAAGAAAAGCUCACAGCUGUAAUCAUUGCCAAAAGGUACAGGGGUAUGAAUACUUACGGAAACUAUAUAUAUAUUUAAAAAAAAAAUGUUUUCAUUUUGUCAUUGUGGGGUAUUGUGUAGAUGGUGAAGAGAAAAUAAGUAAUACAUUUUGAAUUCAGGCUGUAACAAUGUGGAAUAAGUCAAGGGGUAUGAAUACUUUAAGUGAUUGUACUAUGUCCAUAAUAAUGGCUGAGCUCCUGCCUCCCCACUUUGAGGUUAACUGAAGGACUUUUAGUUUCCUGGCGGGCCCAUGAUACCGAGCCAUCAUUACGCGAAGCUCUGCCACAAAUGCGUACACAGCGCAAUCGUAAACCAAGAAACAAGGUGAGCAUGAAAAACCGUACCACCUUUUUCCUGUGGGCGGCUUUCUAAAUCCCUCCCAAGUGUACCUGUGAUUUUCCUCUCUUCCCCCCCUAAGUCAAGCAGACCUCCCCACCUCGUGUUCACUUGCCAGAGUAGAAUGUCAGCAUCUUCAGGUUGUCUCAGCUGGCCAUGGACUGCCAUUACACCAACCAGAUGGUUGCCAGGCAGAACUGUACGUUUGUAGCUCUUGGAGCUCUCCAACACCACUAAAAUGUUUUCAGAAGCCUUUUUAAAAAAAAGUUGUAAAUGUGGUUUGACUCACUAAUACUCACAUGUUCACAAUAGACUAUGGUUAUUACCUCUGCCCAUGAAAACCAUGGCUGAGAUUUUGUAAUGAAAAUAUUAGGAUUGGUGCAGAGAAUAGCCACAGCACUUUAAGAGAACAGUGAGGCCUUUCUUUACAUCUGCCUACAAGAGCCUUUUAAUACACCGCCCAGAGCUAGAGUCAGACAGGACUGCAGGUUUGUGGAACUGCAGCUGGUGUUCUGUAGAGAAAUGGCAGGAACUGAGCUCUAUGUUGAUGUUUGACAUGGGUUACCCCUCAAAUGUAAAGUAAGCACAUUCUCCAGAAAAUAACAGCGCAUUUGUUCUUAACAUUUAUUCAGGAAUACUUCAUACAAGGCAAUUUUAUAUUUUUCAUAUAACAAUUGCCGUCAAUUGAUAGACUAUUUGAUACACUGUACUGGAUGUAAAAAUGUUUGUAGUUGAACAUUGUCAGAUUGUCGUCUUUAAAUGUUGGUCUGGUUUUUAAAUGUUUUUAUAUAAGUGUUAACUUCUCAAUUAGCAAAUAAAUGUUUUCUGAACGAUUUGUGAAAUUUCUCUGCCUCGUGUUUACAAAGCAAUGCUCUCAUGCAUAAUAGUAAUGGGAUUUUGUUGUUGAUUGUUACAGAUCAAUAUUCUUUUUAAAACAGCGAGCCAACAUAUUUUCAGGACUUAUUAACCUGACAGAUCAAAACUAGUUGUUUCCUCAUGCUCUCGUCUCUCUGCAGCAGACAUAGUGAGAUAAAUGUUUGGAACAUCAAAUCGCAAUACAUAUAGAAUCAUGAGAACCGCAAUACAUAUCGUAUCGGCACAUCGUAAGUUCCCUAGCAAUUCCCAGCCCUAAAUGCAUAAACCAAGAAAAUCAUGAGUACACUGUUCCAAUGGACCAUAAUGUACUGUCCAUAAUCUCCCAUCAUUGUUAAAUACAGAAAAAGCAUUGUUAGAUAAUCUGUUUAAAAAAAAAAUGGAAUCAUUGUGAAAUCAUUAUGUAAUCACAGCUUGCAACAUAAAUUGAGUAAAUUGAGAUGUUUGAAUGCAAAAACUACAUUCACUUCAAAUGAGUGGAGGACAGUUAUACAGCUUGUAUUGCAUGAGCUCUGAAAUAAAUAAAGUCUUCACACUG